GUCACAUUGUUCGAGUUAGUUAUCAGUUGUCCGUUGUCAGUCAAGUUUCGCAGUCAAGUUUCGCUUCUACGGCCCUUAUCCCGUCACGUCUGGUACGUUCUUUAUUCUAGUUGUGUUUGCUUAUUAGUUUAUGCUUCCUUGUGUUCGAUUUCCCCGAGUAAUUUUAUUUUAUUCAUCUAUUUAGAAAAACUGUGCAGGUCAAAUUAAUUUUACAAGUUUCACCAAAUGUGAUCCGUUGAUGUACUUAUCCUCUUCUUUACUUAUUUUUUGUUUUAAGUCGAUAUUGUGAAUUCCAACACUUACAGUUCGUGACAAAAAGUUUCCAGGUGUAAGAGACCCAGCCCGUUUUUGUAACUUAACAUGUGUGUUCCUGUUUGUAGUGACUUAUUAUGAAUCUAGAUUAUCAACUCCUUUAGUAUUGUGUUACUAAAAAUAAUGUUUCCCUGAUAACAGGAGAGGAUGGCAAUGGAAACCUAACAGCAUAAGCCAUGAUAGCUUUCAUGAGCAUCGCCUUACUUGUUUCCCUGUUCCUGCUCAACUCAGAUCGCAUUCAGAAAGCCAUCGAGAUAUCCCGGGAAUGUUUGAUUUUGCUAAAUAGCACCGAUCAAAAUAGCAAAGACCAAUUUAAUUCAGUACUGCGACAGUUUUACAUCGACAUCUAUACGCUUCUUUUCAACUCUUAUCGUCAUAUCUCCGACCACAUAAGUGCGGAAAGAUACGGCAGAAAACUGUUUGUCUUAAACAGCAAGUCUGGAAUUAUGCUUUCUAAACUUAACGAAAUCCUAAUGGAGUGA